GAUAAGUUUCGAAAAUAAUCAUAUGGUUUAACACCUUCACUUAUUCAUAAAAUGAUAAAAUUAUAGUAGUUUUUAGUAGUGAAAAGAUUAUACAUGAAAGUUGUGUUAUAUAGUGGAUAGGUCGAUUUUUUUUUUGGUCGUCUAUUCAUCUAGCCUAGAUCAAGUGGAGAACAGACGAGCCGAUCUUCCGAGGAGCAUUUUCAUCUGCCUGGGUUUGAUCUAUAUGGGAGAAAAUAUAACCUCUGUUUCUUGCAUCUUUUGCUAACCUGUCUGCCCGGCCAUUCCGACUCCGAGGAAUAUGAGAUAGUCUCACAUCAUCGAAAUCAUCUUGUAACCUCUGGAACACCUCGAUCUCUGUCGCGAAUGCUGGCCAGUCUAUCGGGUUUGUAGUCAUAUCCACUAAGUUCGAGCAGUCCGUCUCAAACCGUAUCAAAGUGAUCCUUCUGUCUUUCAUACAUGAGGUUGCCCAAAGUAACUCUUCCAUCUCAGCAUGUAAAGCUAAGAGGCUCCUGUUACACGCCCGUAAUCCGAAGUAUUCUAAGCCCAUUUGAUCUUUAAGACUCCACCCUAAGCCACUGACACUGCCACUAUGGAUACAUGAUGCAUCAAUUUGACAAGUAGGGAUUCAACGCUAUAGUGGAAUAAUAGAUAUAAAAAUAGAUACCAUAGUAAGGACAUUUUAGUCAAUAAAACAUCCGUAUACGUCUGGUCAAGCUCUCUUAUAUAUAUAACGUGGUCUUCCUCGCAAAGACAACACACAUAGAACAACAAAGAACAAAUUUAAACUUCCCAAUCUUUUUUUUGCUCUGUUAAGAAAACUUUAGAGAUUUGUUAGCAAUGAGAUAUGGGAAACAGUUUACGGUGUUGUUUAGCUUGUGUACUUCCAUGUGGAGCUUUAGAUUUGAUCCGAAUCGUACAUCUCAACGGCCAUGUUGACGAGAUAACUCGUACGAUGACCGCAGGCGAGAUCCUUCAGGCGAAUCCUAACCAUGUCUUAAGCAAACCAUGUUCGCAAGGAGUUGUUCGUAAGAUCUUGAUCUUAUCUCCUGAAUCUGAGCUUAAGCGUGGAAGCAUCUAUUUUCUUAUACCUGAUACUUCCUUGCCGGAGAAGAAGAAGACAAAGAAGAAAAAGGAAGCCCAACGUCGGAAAAAGAGUCCUGAAAACGCCAAUGACAUCAAGAUUCAUCAUAUGGUGAGUACUAGUAAGGAUCUUGAUUUGACGUUGUGUGAGAAAUAUUUCGAAGAUGUUAUGUUGUCGUCGUGGAAGAAAUGUUGUCCGGCCGGUAAAGAAAAUCGUCACCGCCGGAGACAUAGUCGGUCGGGGUCCCUGUGGCAGCCUCAACUUGCUAGCAUCUUUGAGGAUUUUUAGUGUUUUUUUUAAGAAAAAAAAUAAUUCUGUCUUUUUUUUUCUUAAAUUUUUAAUCCGAAAAUCGGAUUUUAUUAACAUCCCCGGUGAGGAUAUUUUCAUUUUUUAAGAAAUUUGUUUCGGUAAGAAGUUGAAAACAAAAACUUUGUAAUGUACUAAUGUGGAUGAGAUCUAUAUGUAAAUUGAUGAUCUAACUUCAGUCGUUCGUGGCAGAGGACAAAAUCAUAUAAUCCUUAUACAUAACAGAGGUUUUUUUUCAAAAAAAAAAAAGGCAAAUCUCUCUAAUAGCAUUUUUUAAGUUUUUGGCACAAAUAGUUUUAACAAA